CAAAGGGGGAGGAUCUGGAAGAGGAAGCACGCAGAGACCAGGGGGCUGGAGGACUUGCCUCCACCUUCUCCUUGUGUCCCACCAGCCUCCUUGCUGGCCUGAUCAGGCCCCCACACCCCAGUCUCCCCAAAGACCCCAAGCCGAAGAUUCUGUGGGUCUGCCCCAUUGCUGGGCACAGCAGCACCUGGAUGGAGGCUUGUCUUCUGCAGUUCCCCCAAAGGUUGCUCCUGCUGGGGGCAGCCGUCCUGACUGCAGCUACUUUGGAGACAGCCGACCUGGCGGACCUGUGCGGGCAGACGUGGCAGGGGGACGGGCUGCUGCUGCGCUCGCACGCCGCGUCGCGCAGCUUCUACUUCGUGGCCCCGGACACCGACUGCGGGCUCUGGGUGCGGGCGGCGACCCCCGGCGACCGGAUCCGCUUCCAGUUCCGCUUCUUCCUGGUCUACAGCCUGACCUCGGCGCCCCCUGCGCUCGGCGCCUCCUCCCCGGCGCCUGCCGACCCAUGCGCCCCCGGCUCCUACCUGCAGUUCUACGAGGGUCCGCCGGGGGCGCCCCGGCCCCUGGGGUCCCCCGUCUGCGGCCUGACCAUCCCGGUCCCCUUGGAAUCCUCCGGCCCCUUCCUAGGCCUGCGCCUGGUCACGAGAGGCAGCCAGCCCCGCGUGGACUUCGUGGGCGAAGUCACCUCUUUCCAUCUGGGACCUUGUGCUGCCUACUUCCGCUGCCGGAAUGGCAGGUGCAUCCCCUCAAGCCUCGUGUGUGACCCCUGGGGCAUGGACAACUGUGGCGACGGCAGUGACCAGGGCUCCCGGCUACCAGCCGACUGCAGAGGUCCCUCUCCGGUGCCCAGCCAGACAGGAAGUACGGAUGCCCAUACCUCCAGACCCCUGACUUCCUUCCCAGCUCUCGGGUCUGCAGGAUCCCUCCGGAUUGCAGCUGAGAGGAGUUCCCCAGCAGGGAGGGACCCCACGAGACAGGAUGUACCUUUGGAAGGCACCACUGAGUGAGGCCCUCAUCAAAGACACGGGAGCCCCCUGGCAGGGAUAGCACCGUUUAUUAAGAAAAAUCAAGACAAAGACCACAGGAGGGUCCUUUCUAGGACACAGAGGUCAGGCAUCCCAACCCCACAGUCUGGGGGCCACUGGCAGGAUGGCACUCCCCCUAGCUGGGUCUUCAGGCUCCCACAGAUAGGGCAGGGUGGUCACAUCCCCUCUCCCUCCCAGCCGUGAGUCCUGCCUUCCCCCACCCAAGGCACUAGCUCUUCAAGCACCAGCAGCUUCCAAGGAGGCCCUGGGCCUUCUCUUCCAGAAGAGCGGGGAAGCGGCCCGGGGUGGGGGGGCCUGGUGGGCGGGGCCCUCUCAGUGCUGGGCUCUUCCAGUAGCAGCUCCAGGAAAGAGUUGAGGUGGGCUUUCCCUUACAGCCACUGAGGGAGGGACCGUAGGCUGUGUGCUGGCAGGAGUGGGUGGGAAUGCAGGCCAGCAGGGCAUGGUGGGAGGGAGAGGCUGCCGGAGGGAGGUGCCAGGGGCUGGGUGGAGGUGGGUGGGGGUGCUGAAAAACAAGCUGGUGGGGAUGGGGACCGCCCACCCGGGGGUGAGCUGCCUUUUGCUGCAUAGCCGUCACUAAGGACAAUUCCCAAUCCUGAGUGGGUGGCAGAGACUCCUGCGAUGCCCAUCUCAGGCAGCUGUGGGACACCCAGCUGUAAGCUGAGGCUGGCUCUCCUAGGAGGGAGGACUGCCCAGGGGCUGCAGAAAUGGGCCACCCGGCUCCACUGUGGGGGUUCCAUCGAUGGAUGGGGGGCGGUGGGGGCAGCUCUGGGUCCACCCAGCUGCCACGCCUGACCCCAAGUCCUGGUGUUUCUCUGAGGCACCCACUCCCAUCCAUCCUGCCUUGCCCGCCAGCCUUGUGGCUUUGCCCAGCUGUGUGUGUGUGAAGUGGCGUGCCUACCUCCAGUCCAGCCCAGGGUGGUAGCAGCAAAGCGUGGCAUCGCCUCAGUUUCUUACAAAAGUUCAUAAUAAUAUUAAUAAUAAUAUACUCGACAUUGUCGGGCUGGGGCGCGGCCCAGGAGUCCGUGUGGGGCAGGCCGGUGCCUACGAGGGGCAGGGGCGUGUGUUGGCCCCGGCCUGGGCGCGGUGCUGCAGGUCCAGGGGCUGUGGGGGUGGGGCGCCGGGUCGGGCCGAGUGCAGCACCACGUUCUUGACACAGCCUGUGAUGCCAGAGGAGAACCUGCCCCGGGUCAGCACGGUCACUUCCGGAGCUCCGCCUGCCGGGAGGUGGGAGGACAGGGCCUGUGUGCUCCGGCCCCAGGGCGUGCCAUACCUGCCCUUGCUCUGAGGAGGAGCCCCCGACUUACCGAUGUAGAUGCUGCCCUUGGCGUUGACUGCCACAUUGGGGCCUGGGGACUGGCCGCUGACCAGCUCCUCACCAUCGACCUGGAUGGAGCCUCUGCGGCCCUCCCUGCAGUGGAACUGGGUCAGGCCCUUUCCCACAAACUCCCCGGUCUUCCCUGGUCCCACGACUGAGUCCCCUCCCUCUGGCACUGAGACUCCAGACUCAGAAGUCUGUCCCUGUUCCUCCAGCUCUUUCUUUCCCCCACUGAACGAGAGAUCCGGCCCCACAAGCACAGCUUCUUCAUUUCCGUGCCCAGGUUUCCUCCUGCUCCUGGGGCGACUGCCUGCCCCCAGUGGAGUUCAGGCUGAGAUGGAAGCCUGAGCCCUGAUUGGUGCGUUUAAAUUCUGACUCCACAGAGCUCAAUGCCUGCCUCUCCACCCAUGGUGGGGGGCAUCCUGCCCCACUCCAGAAUGCUGGGCCCCAUCUCGAGUGCCCAGAAGACUCCCUUACCGCAGCGCGGUCACCCGGUGCCACUCGCCGUCAUUGAUGGGGUCCUCAGAGACCAGGCGGGCCUCCCCACUACCCAGCUGGUACCUGCAGUUAUCCAGGCCCAAGAAGUAUGAGCUGGGGCAGGACUGGGGGUGGGGUGCUGGGACCAGGGAAGGGAGAGGAAGGGCCAGAUGCUAGGACCCACCUGAAGACUAGGUGCCCAUCUUGAAGCCCCAGGCUGAUGAAGUCAUGGCCGCGGCCAGUCUCUCCCGCCUCCUGCCAGGGAAGCACAGGGUCUCUGGGGUCCUCAGCUUGGAGAGCAGAGGCUCUGCCUUCCCCUCUCCCCGCCACCCUGGCCACCAGGAAGCCGACUUCCUGCCCUAGGAGCCCAAGAGCCCAGCUGGAUGCCUACACUCACCACGCCCUGCCAGAGCAGGAGGCCAUUAGCUGUGCUGGUCCGAACCUCCAGCUCGAUGGUCUCGGGCACCUCGGGCAGGCUGUGGAGGAAGGGUGGGUGAGGGGACAGAAGUCCCAGAUUCCCAUCCUCCCCAUUAGGCCCACGGGCUCUCCCAAUGAAUCUCACCUCCUGGAGAAGAUGCGGCCAGGGAAGGCGAGGAAGCCGUCAUCGUGGAAAUAGGCUCCAUACUGCCCAGGGGCAUCUGCGGGAGAGAGGGGGACGGUGUCACACCUGCCACGUCAGGCAUCAAUCCCCUAUCGGUUCCCCUGACCCCCACCUCCAUGCCAACAGGCAGGACUGGGGGCUCUGAGCCUGCAGUCCCUGGUGACCCAAGGGAGCUGUGGAUAGACUUCAGGGGACCUGUGGCCUUGGAUGGGAAAGCAUUACUCGUGCAUUUCACUCACUUCUCACUGAAACCGAGAGUUCCUGCAAUGAGAUGUAGGCAAGAACCCAAAGCAGUAGUGGCAGGACCUACGACUUUGUUACUAGUAUUUGCUUAUCACACUACAGGAGCUGCAAAUAUUUCAAAACCCCAUUGACACAUACUACUGUUUGGAAAUCGUGGUAGCUACCGAGACCACCACCAGAUCGUGUGAUUUGAUGUGAUAAUAAAGCAGCACACAUAGAGCAAGUCAGAAAACUUAAAAAGUGUUUCGAUUACUUCAGCAUAAUUGCUUUCCUUA